UAUAUUAAGACGACGAUCUGAAAAGAAACUUAAGACACAAGUAAAUAAAACAGAAUUCAAGAUGGCACUCUAUUGUCAAAGUUAUUGAAAUAAAGAAAAUCUAGUUAUUUAAGACAACGCAGUAGUGCAUCAAAAGUAUACGAAGAAGAAAAUAAAAGGUUAUUUCACAAAGAAUAAUUAAAACUAUUUAAAAUAAAUCGUAGUAAAAUACGAAAAACGUUCAUAAAGAAUUAGUCAUCAAAAUAAUGCCAAAUUCGUUAGCUGUUUGUGAAUCAUUUGAUUUUUCAAAACCAGAAUUAUGGUUGGAAUGGAUACAAAAUUUCGAGGAGUUAAUAGCUGAUUUUAAUUUGAUAUCUGAGAAAGAAAGGAUAGAAGUUCUUUUUUAUAAAAUGGGUUCAAUAGCAAAAGAACUCAUGACAGAAUUAAAGCCAAAUUUUGAAAAAGAAAUGUCUUAUGAAGAAGUGAAAACUGAAUUUACUAAAUAUUUUACUGUCAAGAAACAUGUCAUUGUCGAACGACAGAAGUUCAAUAAUAGAGUAAAACUGCCUAAUGAAACGAUAGAUGCUUUUACAACUGAUCUACUUAAAUUGGUGAGUAAAUGUGAAUAUGGACCACUGGAGAAUUACAUGUUACGAGAGCGCAUUUUACUUGGAAUUGGAUACAAUGAAACAUCAGCAUUGAUAGAUGCUAUGCCCAAUUUUACUUUAGACGAGCCAAUGUCCAAAGAAAAAGAGGAAAAAAUACAAGAAGACAGUAUUUCUGUUGAAAGUAUUUUAUCAUAGUAAUUGUAAAAACUGCCAAAAAUAAAGUUGCAGAAAUUUUCCUAAAAAAAAAAA